AUGGAGGACGUAUUGGAAUCUGGUAUUGAAUUUUGCGAAACAUUUCUCUUUCAAUUCGUUUUCAAUUCAUUGAGUUUUGUCGGCGAUUUGCUCAUCGAUCGCAAUGAUAGCAAAAGUUAUACACAAUUUCUGGACUCAUUCUUCCAUUGCGUUUGCCUUCCCUUCUCAAUGUUCGUUUGCAUAGCCUUUUGGUUGUUGAAUAGUCUCGACGAGAAAUCUGUUAGGGAUCCAAACGUCAACAACCGGUACCCCAAUUGGUAUAAUCACAUCACUCACACAGUGAACGGACCGAUGAAUGUGAUCGAGUUGAUAGUGUCCUACCAUCGGGAGCCACAACACGGUCACGCCAUCCUUGUCCUCCUCACACUAUAUGUACUCUAUUUCCUUCUGUUGCUAUUUAUGGGCACUUUUGUCGAUCUAUGGAUUUAUCCAUUUCUCGCUAAACUCUAUUGGAGUCAACGGAUUAUGUUUGCCAUCGUUUGCGGAAUCGUUUUAAUCAUUUUCUAUAUCUCCGGUGUAUUUCUCAACAAAUUAUUUUGGCCUCCAAUUAGAGUCACGGCAUUCGCACGACUCCACAAUCCGACCAUCAAAUAG